CCCUCCUGCAGCAAGGGCGUCAGCCCCCAUUCAUCCAGUGCGUGCGGUCGCAGCCCCCUCCUCAAGACCCUCCCCGAGCGGUGUGCGUCGCGCCUAUGUUUGCGUCAUCACGCUACGCCAUUGCUCGAGCCUGGGAAGAUGGCGGCAGCCGCUCUCAGUGGGCCCUCCGCGGGCUCCCCGGCUGGGGCUCCUGGCGGGACUGGGGGUCUCUCUACUGUGGGGUCGGGCCCGCGACUGCGUCUGCUGCUGUUGGAGAGCGUUUCUGGGUUGUUACAGCCGCGAACGGGGUCCCCCGUUGCCCCUGUGCAUCCCCCAAUCCACUGGGCCCCGCAUUUGCCUGGGCUCAUGUGCUUAUUGCGGCUGCAUGGGACAGUGGGUGGGGCUCAGAAUCUUUCGGCUCUAGGGGCUUUGGUGAAUAUCAGUAAUGCACAUCUUGGUUCCAUCAAAACCCGGUUUGAAGGCUUGUGUCUGCUGUCCUUGUUGGUAGGGGAGAGCCCCACAGAGCUGUUCCAGCAGCACUGUGUGUCUUGGCUUCGGAGCAUUCAGCAGGUGUUGCAGUCCCAGGACUCACCAUCCACAAUGGAGCUGGCUGUGGCUAUCCUGAGGGAUCUGCUCCGAUAUGCAUCCCAGCUUCCUACGCUGUUCCGGGACAUAUCUACCAACCACCUGCCCGGGCUUCUUACUUCCUUGCUGGGUCUCAGACCAGAGUGUGAACAAUCAGCUUUGGAGGGAAUGAAGGCAUGUGUGACCUAUUUUCCUCGGGCUUGUGGCUCUCUAAAAGGCAAGCUCGCCUCCUUUUUCCUGUCUCGGUUAGAUGCCUUGAACCCUCAGCUCCAACAGUUGGCCUGUGAGUGUUACUCCAGGCUGCCCUCUUUAGGUGCUGGCUUUUCCCAGGGCCUGAAGCACACAGAGAACUGGGAGCAGGAGCUGCACAGCCUGUUGGCCUCACUGCACAGCUUGCUGGGGACCCUGUAUGAGGGAAAACAGACAGACCCUGUGCAGAGUGAAGGCCCUGGAGUAGAGAUGCUGCUUUCCCAAUCAGAAGAUGGUAACACUCAUGUCCUCCUCCAGCUUCGGCAGAGGUUUUCAGGACUGGCCCGUUGCCUGGGGCUCAUGCUCAGCUCCGAGUUUGGGGCCCCUGUGUCUGUUCCUGUUCAAGAGAUCCUGGACCUUAUCUGCCGGAUCCGUAGCAUCAGCAGCAAGAAUAUUAACUUGCUUGGAGAUGGUCCCCUCAGGCUGCUACUGCUGCCUUCUAUCCACCUUGAAGCCUUGGACUUGCUCUCUGCAUUGAUCCUUGCGUGUGGAGGCAGACUCUUGCGCUUUGGGGCCCUGAUCAUCCGCCUGCUUCCCCAGGUCCUCAAUACCUGGAGCACUGGGAGGGAUACUCUGGCUCCAGGCCAGGAGAGGCCUUACAGCACCAUUCGGACCAAGGUGUAUGCCAUCUUAGAGCUGUGGGUGCAGGUUUGUGGGUCCUCAGCAGGUAUGCUCCAGGGAGGAGCCUCAGGAGAGGCCUUGCUCACCCACCUACUCAGUGACAUCUCUCCACCAACGGAUGCUCUUAAGCUGUGCGCUACCAGGGGAAGCUCCGAUGGAGGUUUGCCAAGUGGGAAGCCAAGUGCCCCGAAGAAGCUAAAGCUCGAUAUGGGAGAAGCUUUGGCUCCAGCAAGCCACAGGAAAGGAGAUAGGAAUGCUAACAGUGAUGUGUGUGCAGCCGCACUGAGAGGCCUGAGCCGGACCAUCCUCAUGUGUGGGCCUCUCAUCAAGGAGGAGACUCACAGGAGACUUCAUGAUCUAGUCCUGCCCCUGGUCAUGAGUGUCCAGCAGGGUGAGGUUCUAGGUGGCUCCCCUUACAACAGUUCCUGCUGUCGCAGAGCGCUCUACCGCCUGCUACUGGCUUUACUGCUGUCACCUUCCCCUCGCUGCCCACCUCCUCUUGCCUGUGCCCUGAAAGCUUUCUCUCUUGGCCAAUGUGAAGAUAGUCUUGAGGUAAUUGCUGACUGGGCCAGCUCUUUCUUUGAUUCCUGGGUUUUUAUUCUGAUGCUUGCCUUGGAAGAAGAGUAUUUUGAAGAGGAAGAGGAGGAGGAAGAAUUUGAGGAGGAAUUUGAGGAGGAGGAGGAAGGUGAAUUAGAAGAGGAGGAGGAGGAAGAGGAAGAGGAAGAAGAGUUGGAAGAGGUAGAAGAUGUGGAGUUUGGUUCAGCAGGAGGAGAGGUAGAAGAAGGUGGACCUCCACCCCCCACGCUGCCUCCUGCUCUGCCACCUACAGACUCCCCCAAAAUACAGCCCGAGGCAGAACCUGAACCUGGGCUCUUACUGGAAGUGGAAGAACCAGGGGCAGAGGAGGUGCCAGGGCCUGAGACAGCUCCCCCGCUGGCCCCAGAGGUGCUCCCCCCCCAGGAGGAGGUGGUGCAGGAAGGGGGAAGUCCUCCAGCAGGGCCUCCUCAGGAGCUUGUUGAAGAAGAGUCCUCUGCUCCCCCUAACCUUCUGGAAGAGGGGACUGAGGGUGGAGGUGACAAGGUGCCACCACCACCUGAGACACCUGCAGAAACAGAGAUGGAGACAGAAGCAGAAGCUGCAUCUCCACAGGAAAAGGAGCAAGACGACACAGCUGCCAUGCUGGCUGACUUCAUCGAUUGUCCCCCUGAUGAUGAGAAGCCACCACCUGACCCAGAGCCUGACUCUUAACCCCUUCUGCACCCUAACACUUUGUAUCCAAUAAAGUUAUGUCUGUAGAUAUUUA